CUGUCGCAGCCCGAGCUACAGACAGUCGAAUUUUCCACAUCAAACGCUGCAGUUGGGCUUCGUCCGAGGGCUUCGUCGUCCUACAGACAAACUAAAUACAUAAUUUAAUUCAAAAUAUAUAAUAUAUACUUUGAGUGCCUGUCCAAGGGACAACUCUAGGGAUUCGAACUACGUUGUAGUCUGGUGCCAAGUGAGGGCGAAGAUUUCGUAGUUUUUUAAAUGCCACACAAACGCAAAAGACACAAAAACUGAAAGGAUUCCAUCGCCCUCUCUAGACAAAUUACAUAUAUAUCCGUGGAGAAGUUGCAUUGUGCCUUAACAAGGAGGAUCCAUUGUGCCAUGACUGUUCCCAAUAUGCACACCAAAAUAAUUAUAUUGAUUUUAUUUUUCUACAACGGUUCCUACAAUUGGAGUAAAAAUUUCUAAAGCGACUGAACUCAAACGUUCGAUCCUCCCCUUCCUCCACAGGCGGCGUCCGUCUGAGUGGAGUGUGUGUGCGUGCGUGCUUGUGUGUGUGUUUACUAAGUGCCGUUAGUGCCUGUGACUGUGUGCGCGUGUGAAAUAAACGUUACCGGACUCUUGUCUUUUCUCCAAUUAUCAAAUCCCUUUUUGUGUUUACACAACACAAAUAUAUUGACACGAUUGCUCGUAGCAAAACAAACCCCACGUUAAUCAGUCGCGUCGUUCCUCCUCGUUCCGUCUGCUGGCUUCGAGCCCUGUGGAAUUUUUCAAGCUUUUUUGCGUCACAUAUUGAAAUAUAUACACACGUACAUAAGUGCGAAUGUGUGCGAAUAGAGCGAAAAACAAGAGGGAACCAAAGCAAAAUCAAAGGCAGUGAAACUGUGCCAACCCCGUCGCUGUGCCCUCGCCGAUAUCAAAGACAAUAACAAUAGCAAUUGCGAUCGCCCGUCGUCACCCACCCCAAGAAACAGCUAGAACUGUGUAUAUAAACACGCUCGAAUCAGCGAACUGUGUGCAUUCAGCAUUCGACACCGAAACAAUCGUCGCAGAAGAGCUCAAUUUUCAGUCGUAUUUCGUCGCUUGUUGGCAUCGGAUCGAACACGGACCAAAACAUACGCAGCGCCAUCUGUGCGAUAAAAGUAGACAACUGCAGGUGCAUAUAUUUUUAACGGUAUAUGUAGAACCGUAUUAUAAUAUAAAUAUAUAUCAAGCGGACAGUGUUUAAAAAAAUCCACUUCGAUGUCGAUUAAUUCGCCAAUAUUGUUAAAAAACUCUGACCUGCAUUGAACAGGCAAAAGCGACAAAUAGAAAAAAAAAAACAUUGAGUAAAGUUUAAUUUCCAAAGCGAAUAUAAGAACAGAAGGAUAAGGAGGAAAAGAUACUUCUUAAAACUUUGAAUUCAAUUUAGCAAAUCAACAAUAAGUUGUUUGCUUUUUAGUUCACGUUACGUUAUUUUUUAAUUUCCUUGUGUUUUCGAUCGAAUAAAUAAAAAAAAUAAGAAAGCAAACAAAGUGCAAACAGUUUGAGAACAACUGCGAACAGUAAUCGGCAAACGUCAACUUGAGUUAUUCGAUACUUUCAAUCAAACGGAAAACAAAAACUCGCGUGUGCAGUGUAAAACAUUAACAAGAAAAACAACAGCAGCGCAAAAUCACUACACAACAAAACAAGUUUGUUUAUUGGGCUUAGGCCAUUGUAUGGAUCAGUCUAAACUAACAACGAAAUUUGGAGACGAGCCGGACCUCCUGUUCAACCGAGCGCAGGGCCGGAAUAGUCUGCUGAAUAGUCUUGGAGCCAGCACUGCGAUUGCCGCAGCCGCCCAAGCAUCACUCAACAUUCAACUAGAAGCAACAUUCAAUGACUGUGAAAGUGGCUACGUGCCCACCGUGGGCCGUUGGGGUGCCGAAUGGCCGAGCUGACUCGCCGCUGUAUCCAGCGGCCAUGGCCAAGGCCAGGAUGGAGCAGCAGCGACGCCCAGCUACGCCGCCAUCAUCAAUGUCGACGCUGAUGAUGUCGCCGAUGGCAGCUUUGGAGGCGUUGCAGCUGGAGGAUGCUCCACGGAGCAGCAGCUGGCGGAUGCGAUGCGUGGCAUGGGAUUGACUACGACAGUCAACGGUGUCAACAAUGAGCAAGCUGAGAAGCCAAGCAGUUGCGCAUCCACGCGAACCACGCCUCUGCGUACGCCCUCCACAUCGAGCGAGGACGAUGACGAAGAAGAUGUUGAGGAGCAGCAGCAGCGGCAUCAGCAGUGGACGCCAACCGACCUGACAUCGGUGGGUGCCCCAUCGGAGCGUUACUCCGACAUCAUCCGGGUGCUAUCCAGGCAGAAGUCACCAACUGGACAGCAGCAGCAGCACCCAGGCGCCAACUGGGCCAUGGCAGAUGGCUACGAUCUGUCUGCCUACAAUCAGAUCAACGGUGUCUGGCCAUUGGGUCAUCCCUUGCCGCUGCCCGACUGGGGCAGUGCCGAUGAGCCGGCCAAGGAUACAUUAGUUUUCGAGAACGUCUGGCAAUACGAGGAGCUGAAUGGCAUUGUGGAGACGGCGCUGCAGCGCAUGCUGGAGGAGACCCACUACAAUACGGUCAAUCUCUUUGUGGACUUCUAUCGCAGCUUCAAGCGCACGCGUCGCUCCGAUCUGCGCAGCUUCUUCCAGUUCUACGAUGUGCCCAUCAAUCGUCGCCAUCACAUGUGCGUCUCCCUGGCCUUUGAGAUCAUAGCGCGCUUGGUGCAGAUGUUCCCCCAGCUGGGUCAGUAUCUCUGCGUGGUGUCCUGCGAGGAGCAGGUGGUCGACUGCAAUGACUACGUGCAAAUGGAUGAGGAGUACGGCAUGAACUCAGCGGAUGCGGGUGUUGAGAAGGAGCACGUUAUGGUUGCCAUGCGUUUUGCCAUCGGUGAGCGUCGCGGCGUUAUGAUACUUGAUCCGGGCUACCAUGUGGGACGCGCUGUGACCAUCAUGUGUGAUCAGAGCUAUCCACACACAGGCUGGUUCAAUCAGUCGAAGGAGCCGCAUUUGCAGCGCGACUAUUGCUAUAGCUUUAGCCAGCACAGCGAGAAGUUUGUGGAGUGGAAGGAGCGCGAGAUACGCGGCGAUGAGGCCAGCUUCAAGACAUCUUUGAUAUACAUCGCACAGGAAUAUAUAACCGCUGUGGAUGUAACUGUGCGCCGUAAUUUGGUUUACAAUUUCCGUUCGCUGCUGUCGCGCGACGCCAAGGGCCGUGUCUAUGCGGGACUCUAUUUCCCACUGGUGGCCAAUGUACAGGAAGCGCAUCUGACGCUCUUCUAUGAUGGACCCAAUGAGCAGCGCGUUAAAGCCAAACUUAUGUUUAGCGCCUUUAAGGUCGGCAAGGGCAAGCAACUGCCGGAUUAUGUGUCGCAGCAUCUGAUGAAGCUAUCGCCACAGUUGAAUAUGUCGCAGCAUGAGCUGACGGAGCUAUGCAAAUCCCUGUGCGAAGUAGUUUCCGAUCAAAAUUUUAUCGGCCAAGUUUUGGCCAUUAACGAUGAUAUUGGAGUCAUGUCAAUGGAGAAUUGACAGUCAAAGCAGCCUAAGAGUGUUGCUGCAUCGCCUGUGAAGCAUCAGGAUGAAGCAGUAGCUGCAACUUAGACUUGAAUUUCAAAAAUUUCCAAUACGUUUUUUCCCUUUCAAAACAAAAAGUUUUUUUCUAGACUUUAGGCGCACCAACAAAACUAUAUUUCAAGAUUUAGUAAUAUAUAUAUUUAUGUAUAAAGAAUAUAUACAAUUAUUAUAGACACCCACACUCACACACAUACCGAAAACA